AUGGACUCAUUCGACACGAUUCUGGAUAUAUCUGGGCUCUUCGAUCCAGAUCCACUGCUAUCCUCAGAUGAGGACAUCAUCUGGGUUGCGAUGUUGAAGCAUGUCGGCUUAAGGCUGGCCAAGCAAGGUAACCUUGACUAUUACGCGAAUCAGCGCACACCCAUGCGAACACCCUCACGUGGAAAAGCCCAGGGGUCAGCAGUCGCGCUUUUUUCGCAAGAUAAAAUGCGAUGGACGUCUAUGCAUAAUGUCAGAAGGCCCCACAAACAACACUCCCCGCUCACGCACUCGCGGCGCACCAUCGCGACUGUACCACUUCUCUUGCGUUCGGCAGCAGGCGACGACAAACUCAUCUGCGUAUCUCACGGCUGGGACGUUUCAUUUUCUCUGGCGCGAUCAAGCUUUCACGAAACCAUGGACCACUAUCCGGAGGUCAAACGAUCAUUUCUUGACACAAGAGCUUUAUCUUCCCCGCUUGAUCAGGAGUCAGAGAGUGAGUCUAGCCAGAUUUCCGGCUCUGACACGCCCUCUCCAUCGAUUAGAACUUCUGCCCGAUUCCCUUCGGCCACUCCUCCGCAUGAGGAGAAUGGGAGCUCGGAAAGGUCCUCAGGUGUUGAACCCGAGAGUAGUAAGGGGUGGUAUGAAUUUGACCUUUCUGUCAUACUUGCGCUAGUUUCGCCCAUCGGAAACUGGUUGACAGGAGGAGAUCACGUCAAGAAUUUCCUUCUCAUUCUUCUCUUGAUAUUCUAUUUGCACCAAAUUAUCGAAGUACCGUGGAGCCUCUAUCAUCUCUCGAGACCCAGACGUCGUUCCCCUGAUUUCCCACCCCGUCAAACGUCUGAGCAAGAUCCAUACCAUGAAGUUGCUUCAUCAGAGUUACGCAAGCUCGAAUUUUUCUACCUGUUCCUCACUGUAUUAUCGCCGUUAAUAGGAGUCGCAAUCCUUCGUAUCGUCAUCAUAUCUGUGGCCGGUCCGGAGACUAUAUCAUGGUUCAGUACCUCCCUCUUCAUUCUCGCCACCGGUAUUCGACCUUGGAAACACGCGGUAGAACGUCUCCAUCAACGCACACAAGAUUUGCAUACUGUCGUUCACUACCCCCCAGCCAGCUCACCAGACACGCACUCGCAGAUUGAAGUUCUGAUUGCGCGCGUCGCCGAAUUAGAGACUCAGCUGAAUAAAUGCAACGACACCGUGCAAGUUCUCACCGAAGAUCUUUUCGACCACGUGGAGGGAGCUGUCGAGGGGAUAGAGAAAUCCUUACGGAAACAGGAGAGGAAGAAUGAUGCUGUCUACUCGGCGCAGGAAUCAAGGCUCGCGACGUUGGAACAGAAUAUGCAAGCGUUACUGGAAAGGAAGGAGAUUUCAGUGCACGGUUCGGCUUUAUCUUAUAAUCUUGCGUCUGCAUUCCACACAACCUUGGUUGAACCGCUUGGACUUGUCUUUCCUGAGUGGGCACGCAGCUCUCGCCGAGACAAACACCCACCAUCUCCUCGUCCUUCCCCAAAAAUCGGUCGUUCCCGUACUGGCACUAAGCUUGAGACGAUACCAGAAGGCGCCACUUUCGCACCCAAGAGAGCUCCAUACCGCUUUCCCUACCUCCGUAUUCCUGGUUUAAAAUUCGCCCUGCGCAUCGGCGAUCUUGCAACCCUACCUGUCCGUCGGGUAGUGGCGUAUCUUCUCAUGGGACGCAUCUAUGCGCCCAACGCACCCAAUUCCUCUCUUUAA